AUGCUUAGGGUUUCACCGUCCCCGGCCGCCGCCGCCGCCGCCGCUAACCAGCUCGCUGGUGCGGGCGUGACCCCGGCUCCCGUCAGGGUGGCGGCGCCGCGCGGCGUCGGCUCGCCUUCGGCUGCCGCCGCGUGCAGGGCCGCCGGGAAGGGAAGGAGUGUGGAGUACAAUGCCUCGUAUGCGUACCACUCCCUCUUCGCCUACUUCGACCGCGACAACGUGGCUCUCAAAGGAUUUGCCAAGUUCUUUAAGGAAUCAAGCGACGAGGAGAGGGAGCAUGCUGAGAAGCUCAUGGAGUACCAGAACAAACGUGGAGGCAGGGUGAGGCUCCAAUCGAUUGUGACGCCCUUGACCGAAUUUGACCACCCUGAGAAAGGCGAUGCUUUGUACUCUAUGGAGCUGGCUCUGGCUCUGGAAAAGCUGGUUAAUGAGAAGCUGCACAACCUGCAUGGUGUGGCAACAAGGUGCAAUGAUCCUCAGCUGACAGACUUCAUCGAGAGUGAGUUCCUCGAGGAGCAGGGGUGUGGCACUUUGAUCAGAUGCUGCUUGAGGAAGAGGCCUAAAGGACGGACGGACUGUGGCUGCUCAAGGACUAAGGGCCUGAAGGAAGGAAAGAAGUGUGAAAUGAUCAGGUUGGGGAAUAAUGGGCGGCAUGGACCAGCUGAGGAAGCCCUGGGUAACAAACGUGGUGGGAAGGUGAGGAUCCAGACAUCCAAGUCCAUUGCGACACCCUUGACAGAGUUUGAUCACCCUGAGGAAGGCGAUGCUUUGUACGCUGAGUAG